AUGUCUCCUUUGUUAGAGUCGGUUACUCUUGGAGCUACCAUUCCUUUGAGGAAUCGUAUCUGCAUGGGAUCUAUGACACGAAAUCGCUGCACUGACAAUGGCAAGCCGACGAAAGCAACCGUGUCUCAUUACGCCGAGCGUGCUCGAGACGGCACGGGUCUCAUUGUCACAGAAGGGACAUUCAUCUCCCCGCAUGGUGCGGAAUGGCCCUAUGCACCAGUGAUGUUUGACAAGAGCCAUUCAGAUGCUUGGAAGGUUGUCACCGAUGCUGUCCACCAAGAAGGGGGAAAAAUUUUGUUCCAGCCCUGGCAUCCAGGUACGUCCUCCCAAUACAAUGAUGCAGGUAACAGUUAA